AUGGGAACACCUGGUCUUUCUAUGAAUGGAGAUUUUAUCAUUGGAGGGAUCUUCACUAUUCAUUACUACACAAACUCAGAGCAGAACACAUACACCAGACUGCCACUACAACUACAAUGCUCUGGGAGUAUGGACUUCAGGGAGCUGCGUUUCGCCCGAGCCUUGGCGUUCACUAUUCACGAGAUCAACAACAGAACCGAUCUCCUGCCGGGCGUCAAGUUGGGCUAUCAUAUAUACGACUCGUGCUCUGCAGUGCAGAUGGCAGUUAAAGUUGCAUUUCAGUUUGCGAACGGCCUGGACCCCGUUUUCAAUGACAGUAAUUUCUGUCCAAUAUCUGUACCUGCUGCUGUGUCUGCUGUCGUCGGAGAGUCUUCUUCCACUCCGUCAAUUAGCAUGGCGAGAAUCUUCGGUCUUUUUGGAAUUCCACAGGUGAGUCACUACGCAACCUGCGCCUGUCUAAGCGAUAAACGCCAGUUUCCUACUUUCUUUAGGACGAUACCUAGUGACGAACACCAAGCGGCCGCACUGGCGAGAAUGGUGAAGUAUUUCGGCUGGACAUGGAUUGGAGCAGUGCGCAGCGACUCCGACUACGGAAACUACGGAAUGGCAGCGUUCCUAAAGGCAGCGCAGGAGGAGGGGAUCUGUGUGGAAUACUCCGAGGCCUACUACAGGACACAACCGCGCAGUAAACUGGAGAGAGUGGCAAAUGUCAUCCGCAGAUCCACGGCCCGAGUAAUAGUUGCGUUUUUUGCGUCAGGCGACAUGAAGUUUUUGCUGGAGGAACUGGCAAGAAAACCUCUGCCUCCGCUUCAGUGGAUCGGCAGCGAAACGUGGAUCACAGACCCAGGCUUUCUAAUGUUUAACAUGUGCGCUGGUGCAUUAGGUUUUGGAGUCCCUCGUUCAGUUAUCCCAGGUCUUCGCGAUUUUCUUCUAGACCUCUCUCUAGCACAAGUAUCGAAAUCGUCCUUGUUAACGGAAUUUUGGGAGCGCUCCUUCAACUGUAGCCUAAAAGGGAGGACAGGCUUCCGGGAAUGUGAGGGCAGUGAGGACAUCCGCGCGCUACAGAACCCAUACACAGACACGUCUCAGCUGCGCAACACUAACUUGGUGUAUAAAGCUACAUAUGCCAUAGCGCAUGCUAUACACGGAGUUAUCUGUAAUGAUACUCAUUGUGACAAGACAGUUAAAUUAUCACCAUGGCAGGUACACAAUCAGCUCAAAAAAGUGUAUUUCACCACAAAGAAUGGUUAUCAGGUCAACUUUGAUUCCAAUGGUGAUCCUAUAGCUGUCUAUGAACUCAUAAACUGGCAGUUUAAGAAAGAUGGCACAUUAAAUAUGGUGACAGUGGGCUACUAUGAUUCAUCCAAACAGAGAGGACAGGAAUUCAGAAUGAGCAGUGCUGUCAGCUGGGUGGGAGGACAAACAGAGGUGCCAAUGUCUGUGUGCACUGAGAGCUGUCCUCCAGGCACCAGGAAGGCUGUGCAGAAGGGAAGGCCUGUCUGCUGCUAUGACUGUGUACCAUGUGCAGAGGGAGAGAUCAGUAACAAGACAGACUCUUUGGAUUGUCUGCGCUGCCCUCCUGAUCUCUGGCCAAACAACAAACAAGACAGCUGCCUCCCCAAGCCUGUUGAGUUCCUGUCCUGGAACGACACUUUGGGCAUUAUCCUGACACUGUUUUCUGUCUCUGGGGCCUUCAUGGCAGUGUGUAUAGCUGUAGUUUUCUACAAACACAGGGCGUCUCCCAUCGUCCGAGCCAACAACUCAGAGCUGAGCUUCCUACUGCUCUUGUCUCUGGCUCUGUGUUUCCUCUGUUCACUUAGUUUCAUUGGUCGGCCCUCUGAGUGGUCCUGUAUGCUGCGCCACACAGCGUUUGGGAUCACCUUCGUCCUCUGCAUCUCCUGUGUUCUGGGAAAAACUAUAGUGGUGUUAAUGGCCUUCAGGGCUACAAUUCCAGGCAGUAAUGUCAUGAAAUGGUUUGGGCCUCCACAGCAGAGACUCAGUGUUCUUGCUUUCACUCUCAUACAGGUCCUUAUUUGUAUUAUUUGGUUACAAGUAUCUCCUCCUUUCCCUUUCAAAAAUCUAAAGCACUACAAGGAAAAGAUAAUCUUGGAAUGUGACUUAGGUUCUGCUAUAGGUUUCUGGGCUGUACUGGGUUAUAUAGGAUUCCUGGCUCUUUUGUGUUUUAUUUUGGCUUUUCUGGCUCGGAAAUUGCCUGAUAAUUUUAAUGAAGCCAAAUUCAUCACAUUCAGCAUGCUCAUAUUCUGUACAGUUUGGAUCACCUUUAUUCCAGCUUAUGUCAGCUCUCCUGGAAAAUUCACUGUAGCUGUGGAAAUAUUUGCCAUUCUAGCUUCAAGCUUUGGUUUGAUCUUUUGUAUUUUUGCUCCCAAAUGUUUUAUAAUUAUUUUUCGGCCAGAGCAGAAUACUAAGAAACACCUAAUGGGUAAAGUACCUUCUAAAGCUCUUUAA